AUGGUAAGACUUCACAAUCUGAAGUCACAAAACUGCAGGCUUGCAGUUCAGAUCUGGUUUAAUUCUGGUCUGAAACGUACGCUUUUUGGAUGGAGCCUAAAACAGCGACUUGGGAAGAGCAACAUCCAGGCCAGGCUGGGUCGGCCCAUCGGCUCGCUGAUGCCGGGAGGCGGCAGAGGACGAGGCUUUCCUGGAGGAUUGCGUGGAGCUGGACGAGGACUGCGGGGAAGAGCGAGAGGCGGUGGCAUGAGAGGAGCACUCUCUCUAAGAGGUCCAGGUCCGAUGAGAGGUAGGGGUGGUCCUGGACGUAUCGGUCUCCGUCGAGGCAUGCGUUAUCGCGGAGGAGCCGCAGGACGAGGUGCUCUGGGUGGCCGAGGAGCAGCACGUGGAGCACCUGGAGGAAGAGGCCGCGGGGGUCUGAGAGGUCGUGGAGGGUUUGCAGGAAGGGGUCGUGGACGCGGCAGAGGCCGAGGAGCAGGCCGUCCCGUCGUCACACGAGAGCAGCUGGACAACCAGCUUGAUGCUUACAUGUCCAAGACCAAGGGCCAUCUGGAUGCCGAGCUGGAUGCGUAUAUGGCCCAGGCAGACCCUGAGAGCAUGGAGUAACCACAGCCGAGCUGAGAGAGAGAGACAGCAGCUCCCCAAAGAUCUGCAGAUUAUAGACUGAUUGACAAGAUACACAUUGAGUACCAUUAAAGCUGUUGCUCUUGGACACUCCCUGAGAAGACAUUUUAAACUUGAAGGUUGUACAAAGUUAUGUAUCAUCCCCGUUAUCUUCAAAGAUUUGUGAGUCGCCACUCGCGUUUUCUAAACUGAACUCUGUAUCAUCAUAAAAGCCUCACCACAGAUCUAAAACACAAGUCCUCUUAGAAAACUUUUUGGCAGUGAAGGAAAAAAAACUUUUCAAUUGAGCUAUAUUAAUAGAGAUUGCGUUUGUUUUCUGGCUGAAGUUCAGAAAAUGGCCCAAUGUAUGAGGAACUGUGAACUCUUACCAGGUACAUUUGAUCAUCUGGUGUUAAAAUGUGGUUUAUAUAGAUGAACAGAUGUUAAUUACCGUAAUGUUCUACAAAUUAAACUUACCUUUUAUUACUGUAUUUUUAUUAUGUUUUAAAGUAGAACUUUUAUUCAGUAUACACAAUCUAGAUUUGUCUAUUUUUUUGUGUUUUUUUUUUGCUUCAAAUAAAUCUUGGCCAUAA